CAUGUUUGUUUUCAAAUGUGUUUUUUCAGCGGUCUAACUCAUGGAUUAUGGGCUGAUCAUCUUUGUGCUCACAGGAGCACUGGUCAAUGUUGCCUCUGCCCAAACUCGUCAGUACUACUUUGAGAGUACACCACUGAACUGGACUGCAGCUCAGAGCUUCUGCAGACAGGUCUACACUGACCUGGCCACCAUAGAAAACACAACUGAUGUCAGUGCUGUACUCAUGACCACUCCAAGCUACACAGGCAAGGCUUGGAUAGGCCUCUAUGAUGACAACUGGAGAUGGUCUCUGAGUAACAGCAGCUUCUAUGGUAAAGGAGAGACAGAGUUUAGAAACUGGGCUCCUGGAUAUCCCUACAAUCCUUACGGACAACAGAACUGUGUGGUGCUUCGCAGUCAGUACUAUUACCCUGGGAUGUGGCAAUCCUACUACUGCACCUACCAAUUACGCUUUGUGUGCUACAAUGGUUCAGUAAAUGGCACAUCCUCUUUUGUAAAGGUCAACACACCUUUGAAUUGGACCGAAGCUCAGAGAUUCUGCAGGGAGAAUUACGUCGAUCUAGCCAGUAUACGAAAUCAAGCAGAAAAUAACAACAUCACAAACCUGGCAGCAGGUGACCUUGUUUGGAUCGGUUUGCACUGGGAACAACUGUGGUCUGAUGGGAGCACCUCGCUGUUUCACUACUGGGCCAGUGGGCAACCAGACAGCACAGAGCAGUGUGUCACCACAUCAUUCAGAAACUCAGGACUGUGGUCUGAUGACAGCUGCUCCCUCACUUUGCCAUUCAUCUGUUACUCAACAACUCCUCCAAAAACAGAAGACUUCAGAUCAAUAGGACAAAAUGAGUCCAGUAUCACUCUGCAGUGGAAUAAAGUGAACAACAACAUCAGCUUUAUUCUCCAGUUUAAUGAUGCAGCGAUCAACAUCAAUGCACCAGAUGGAGAUGGACCACGAGCCAUCAUCUGCUUUUCAGAGCACCAGUGUAAAACUAAGACGUAUCUACUGGCUCCUUCAAAAACUGAAAACUUCAGAUCAGUAGGACGAGAUGAGACCAGUAUCACUCUGCAGUGGAACAAAGUGAACAACAACAUCAGCUUUAUUCUCCUGUUUAAUGAUGCAGAGAUCAACAUCACUGCACCAGAUGGAGAUGGACCAGUAACUUACACAGUCUCAUCUCUCACUGCUGGAACUACAUACACAUUCACUCUCUUCUCUGUGUUUGAGAACGCCAGAAGCAGUGGAGUGAGCAUUACUGCAGUUACUGUAACUCACACAGUCUCAUCUCUCACUGCUGCAACUGAAUACACAUUCACUCUCUUCUCUGUGAUUGAAAACGUCAGAAGCAGUGGAGUGAACAUUACUGCAGUUACCGCUCCUUCAAAAACUGAAAACUUCAGAUCAAUAGGACGAGAUGAGACCAGUAUCACUCUGCAGUGGAACAAAGUGAACAACAACAUCAGCUUUAUUCUCCUGUUUAAUGGUACAGAGAUCAGCAUCACUGCACCAGAUGGAGAUGGACCAGUAACUCACACAGUCUCAUCUCUCACUGCUGGAACUACAUACACAUUCACUCUCUUCUCUGUGUUUGAGAACGCCAGAAGCAGUGGAGUGAGCAUUACUGCAGUUACUGGAACUCGUCAGUUUUACUUUGAGGCUACGCCACUGAACUGGACUGAAGCUCAGAGCUUCUGCAGACGGGUCUACACUGACCUGGCCACCGUAAGAACCCCAAUUGAAGCCAAUGCUGUAUUCAGGACCACACCAAGCUACACAGGCAAGGCUUGGAUAGGUCUCUAUGGCGACAGCUGGAGAUGGUCCCUGAAUGACAGCAGCUUCUACGAUGAAGGAGAGACAGAGUUUAGAAACUGGGCUCCUGGACAUCCCUACAAUCCUUACGGACAACAAUACUGUGUGGUGCUUCAAAGCUCUUACAAUAACGAUUACUAUUUCAAUUACUAUUACUAUUACUUGGACUACAAUGGAAAGUGGUGGGACUAUACAUGCAACAACCAACGAAGAUUUGUGUGCUACAACGGUUCAGUAAAUGGCACAUCAUCCUUUGUAAAAGUCAACACUCCUUUGAAUUGGACUGAAGCUCAGAGCUACUGCAGGGAGAAUUACGUCGAUCUAGCCAGUAUACGAAAUCGGGCAGAAAAUAACGUCAUCGCAAAGCUGACAGUUGGGGACUCUGUGUGGAUCGGUCUGUACUUGGAACAACUGUGGUCUGAUGGGAGCACCUCUCAGUUUCAAAACUGGGCCAGUGGGCAACCAGACAGUGCAGAGCAGUGUGUCACCACAGCUUUCAGAAACUCUGGUCGCUGGUCAGAUAAUAACUGCUCCCUCACUUUCCCGUUCAUCUGUUACUCAACAACUCUUCCAAAAACAGAAGACUUCAGAUCAAUAGGACAGGAUGAGACCAGUAUCACUCUGCAGUGGAAUAAAGUGAACAACAACUUCAGCUUUAUUCUCCAGUUUAAUGAUGCAGAGAUCAACAUCACUGCACCAGAUGGAGAUGGACCAGUAACUUACACAGUCUCAUCUCUCACUGCUGGAACUGAAUACACAUUCACUCUCUUCUCUGUGAUUGAAAACGCCAGAAGCAGUGGAGUAAACAUUACUGCAGUUACCGCUCCUUCAAACGCAAGAAACUUCAAAUCUACAGCACAAAAUGAGACCAGUAUCACUCUGCAGUGGAACAAAGUGAACAACAACAUCAGCUUUAUUCUCCAGUUUAAUGGUGCAGAGGUCGACAUCACUGCACCAGAUGGAGAUGGACCAGUAACUCACACAGUCUCAUCUCUCAAUGCUGGAACUACAUACACAUUCACUCUCUUCUCUGUGUUUGUGAACGCCAGAAGCAGUGGAGUGAGCAUUACUGCAGCCACUGGAACUCGUCAAUACUACUUUGAGGCUACGCCUCUGAACUGGACUGAAGCUCAGAGCUUCUGCAGACGGGUCUACACUGACCUGGCCACCGUAAGAACCCCAAUUGACGCCAAUGCUGUACUCAGGACCACACCAAGCUACACAGGCAAGGCUUGGAUAGGUCUCUAUGGCGACAACUGGAGAUGGUCCCUGAGUGACAGCCGUUUCUAUGGUGAAGGAGAGACAGAGUUUAGAAACUGGGCUCCAGGACAUCCCUACAAUCCUAAUGAACGACAGUACUGUGUGAUACUUCAAAACUAUAACUAUUACUUUAACUACAAUGGAAAGUGGUUGGACAUUAAUUGCAACAUCCAGUUCUACUCUGUGUGCUACAACGGUUUAGUAAAUGGAACAUCAUCCUUUGUAAAAGUCAACACUCCUUUGAAGUGGGCCGAAGCUCAGAGAUACUGCAGGGAGAAUUACGUCGAUCUAGCCAGUAUACGUAAUAGGGCAGAAAAUAACGCCAUCACAAAGCUGGCAGCUGGGGACGAUGUGUGGAUCGGUCUGCUCUUGGAACAGCUGUGGUCUGAUGGGAGCACCUCUCUGUUUCAAAACUGGGCCUAUGGGCAACCAGACAGCACAGGGCAGUGUGUCACCACAGUGUUCAGAAACUCAGGACUGUGGUCAGAUGAUAACUGCUCCCUCUCUUUCCCGUUCAUCUGUUACUCAACAACUCCUCCAAAAACAGAAGACUUCAGAUCAAUAGGACAAGAUGAGACCAGUAUCACUCUGCAGUGGAACAAAGUGAACAACAACUUCAGCUUUAUUCUCCAGUUUAAUAAUGCAGAGAUCAACAUCACUGCACCAGAUGGAGAUGGACCAGUAACUCACACAGUCUCAUCUCUCACUGCUGCAACUAAAUACACAUUCACUCUCUUCUCUGUGUUUGAGAACGUCAGAAGCAGCGGAGUAAACAUUACUGCAGUUACCGCUCCUUCAAAUGCAAAAAACUUCAAAUCAACAGCACAAAAUGAGACCAGUAUCACUCUGCAGUGGAACAAAGUGAACAACAGCAUCAGCUUUAUUCUCCAGUUUAAUGAUGCAGAGAUCAACAUCGCUGCACCAGAUGGAGAUGGACCAGUAACUUACACAGUCUCAUCUCUCACUGCUGGAAUUACAUAUAGAUUCACUCUCUUCUCUGUGUUUGAGAACGUCAGAAGCAGUGGAGUGAGCGUUACUGCAGUCACUGGGCGUCAUUAUGUUCUUGGUAUAAACAUGGAAUUGGAGUCGUCGACUCAGCUGUCAGACUCGGAGUUGCAGAGUCUGUUGCAGGGGGUCUUCAGACAAUUCGGAUUGUCGCCACAGUUGUCCUUCAAAGUGUUGAGACGUGAGAUCAGGAAAGACAAGAUUAAAUAAAGGAGGAUGGAUCUGCAAGUUAUUUAGACUUUCCACGUUUUGAAUUGCUUUCAUUGAAGCAAAUGAUAAAAACUGAUGAUAGGAAAGACAUUUUAUCAGAUUUCAGUGAAAUGUAGUUUGACCUCAUUAUUCUGCUUUGUAUUUACUUAUACUAGUACUACUACUUAAUUCUAAGACUAAUACUGUGAGGAUAACUUGUUGUAUGUAAUGCUACUAUUUCUACUACUAUUACAUUGUUAAAAAUUCUCCCGCAUUAAAAAAUUCAG